AUGACCAAGAUGUCUAGCCAAUCUUCUUCUGUCCGAAUCGUCGAAGUUGGGCCACGUGACGGUCUUCAAAACAUCAAAGAGACCAUCAAGACAAAGACGAAGCUCGAGCUAAUCCAUAGACUGCAGAAAUGCGGCCUCCAGACAAUCGAGUUAACAUCUUUUGUGUCUCCUCGAGCCGUCCCCCAACUGGCAGAUGCACAGGAGGUGGUUAGCGACGGCAAGAUCCAGGACUGGUUAAAGGAUCCUAACAUUCGACUGCCAGUACUGGUUCCAAACGAGAAAGGUCUCGAUAAUGCCUUCAAAAACAAAGUGAAAGAGGUGGCAGUGUUUGUCAGCGCAACAGAAGGAUUCAGCAAAGCAAAUAUCAAAUGUUCUGUUGAGGAAGGGCUUGAAAAAGCCAGGGCGGUCGCUAAGAAAGCUGCCAAGACUGGGGUUGCGGUGCGCGGGUAUGUGUCUUGUAUCUUCUCAGACCCUUACGAUGGACCCACGCCUCAGUCGUCUGUUCUUCGCUGUGUGAAAUCUCUAAUCGAGGCAGGAUGCUACGAAGUUAGCCUAGGAGAUACUCUUGGAGUCGGAACGCCCUGGAAGGUUCACGGGUUGAUCAAAUACUUGAAAGAGAACGGAAUCGCGCUGAACGUCCUGGCCGGACACUUCCACGAUACCUAUGGUAUGGCUGUCGCGAACGUCUGGGAGGCUUACCGCUCUGGCGUCCGUGUUUUUGAUAGCAGUGUUGCCGGCCUGGGCGGAUGUCCUUUCGCUCCGGGCGCUAAAGGGAAUGUCGCCACCGAGGACUUGGUUUAUAUGUUUCAUAACUCGGGCAUCAUGACGGGCAUUGACUUGCCGAAAUUGGUAGGGACGGGAGACUGGAUAUCCAAAGAGCUCUCCCGACCCAACUCCAGUCGCACAGGUACAGCCCUCAUGAGCAAUCAAAAGCCCCGUGUACAGUGGACAAAGGUCAAAGAGGCUCCAGGCCUGUUGACAUUUCGAUCCGGGGAAAAUCUAAAAGCUAACGUCGGCAAUUCGAGACGCACGGCACGAUCCGAAGAUCUCGCGCCUCAUUCUCACCGGUAG